CUUGUCAAGGGAUGCGGAGGAACCAGUGGGGGGAACGCGAAAGACACUCAACAGUCGUAACUAUUCUAUGGGGCGUUACGUUUACAUCGCAUUCCUCAUUCCUUUGCAUCAUUUUAAAGCUGAAGAAGGCACCGAAUGCAUGCUACAUGAGUGGAUACACCAUAACACUUUACCUGGAACGGAGUUUGUAUUUCUGAAAGGUAAAACGACGAAAACGUCUCUUCUUGCUGCUUCAUUUGUGAGUGCGGCAAAGCAAUGGGACGCAGGAGUUGAAGAGUUCUCGUGAAGCCGCUACUGUUGUGAAGAUAAGUGGAGAGUUAAUUUGUGCCUUUUAACUUUUAUUGUGAGUGUAUCAAGUGACAAUCUAACAAAUUGCAAGCUAUGUGCGGUUUUCACACCUUGGGCGUAUCACGGCAAAUCAUUUGCUGAACCUCGUUCAUUCUCCAGUGGAGCGGCCUGAAUGCGAGGGAAUGGAUUUGCUUGACUACUUUUUGACAUAUAUUUAAUGUAGAUACCGCUACACAAAUCCAUAUGUUGAAGUCUUAUUUGGAUCAGUCUACAUCGAAAUGGCAAGUUUUGCCGGGUUUAUAAAGUGGACUGGGAGAUCAACUUUGUAUUUAUGCUGCGCGUUUGUCCUGUUCGGCUGUCUCUGCAUCGCGUCCCCUACUCAUGGUCGUCGGCUCAUCUGUUGGCAAGCCAUCAUGAAGUGUCAUGGAGAGUCUGAGUGCCACUACGCAUAUGACCAAUACCUUUACGCCUGUGCGCCUGUUAUCAACGGGGAUAGGAAGAAGUGUCCCAGCCACUGCAUCUCGUCCCUUAUCCAGCUGAAUCUAACCGAGACCGGCCCGUCUCUGGAGGACUGUGACUGCGCCUCGGACCCCGUCUGCCGGAGCACCAAACGCGCCAUAGAGCCGUGCCUGCCUCGGACAAGCAAUAUGGGCUGCACCGAAGCCCGGCGGCAAUGCGAGAGAGACUCCCAAUGCAGUUCGGCAAUGCGCGACUAUUUGUUUCACUGCCGUAAACUUUUCGGAGGGGAGAGAUGUUCGGACGACUGCAGGAGGGUGAUUGCCAACAUGCGAAAUAUACCCAAAGCACAACAACUUGAUACUUGUGUUUGUGAUGGCACAGAGAGGACCAUAUGCGAGUACGUCAAAGUUAGUAUGAAAAACUUUUGCUUUGACUCUAUGGACAGAUACGCGGGCAGCGGGUUUUCUGAUUCAGAGGACGACUCUGAAGAUGAUUAUGACGAGAUGGAGGAUUAUAUAUAUGUGGAAAACAAAAGUUUUUCAUCCAGAUCCGCCUGUCAGGGUGUUGUAUGGACUGCCUCUGUGGCCACCAUUUUGGUUCUAAUGAAUCUGAUCUGAUAGGGCAGCCUACCCCAGUUGAUUCAGCUGUUGGGAAAGUUGUUUGAGAAAGAGGGGCCUGUGAAAUGUUGACACGGACAUAAUAGCUCAUGAAAGUUGUAACACCAGCACACCUGCUUUAGCUUAUACGUUUUGUGUAUGAAGGAUUUUAUGGCCUUUGCUCAGCUAUCUAUCUUCAUGGGGCUUCUUCUCAACAUUCCGUCUGGUCUCUGUCUCACUCUGUCUCUGUGCUGAUCAAUGCUAUGGGUCAGUCAUUUAGGUAAAGACUUUUAUAUUUCAAAUGUAUCAUUUUUUGGGGUGACUCUAAAAGGUUUAUAGAUUAAUUUCCAGACAGCUGUGCACCUCUAGGCUAUGUAAUAUUUGAACCAACCCUUGAAGAAUGUUAUACACCUAUUUCAUCAGCUAUUGCCUAUCAUCACAAAAUAGUCAAAAAUGUAUAGAAGUUUGACACCACUUCUUUUUUUUUAUGUGGAGAGACAAGUGACUUUAGAGUACGCUGCUAUUUUCGAGACAAUGAAAACGGCAGUAUUUAAAGCGUUCUCUUCGUAGUCACUUCGUUGUAAUGUGGAGAGACUAAUCAAGUGUUCUUCUUUUCUUAUGAGCUAGACAAUAGACAUAGGCAUACGUGUAAUUAAGAUGUAAUUUCAUUUCUAGUCAGUGGAUAAUGCAUUUGAUGCAAGCACCUGACAAUAGUUUGAUUGGUUGGUUAGCCUACAUUACUAGCCUUAAUCAUGUCACACACAUUUCCUUAAACUCAGUUUCAAUGUCAAGUUUUGCAAAAGUUUUAAGGGAGAUUAUUUUUAUAUGUCAAAAUCUGUAAAGUUAAAUUGUACAGUUUAUUGUAUGAUAUUGAUUUUGUUUCCGGAGAUAUUUGUUUAUUACUGCUAAGAAGAGAUUUGCACUGUAUAGAAAUGACGUGAAAUGCUUCACGGUGACUAAUGUAUAUUCUUUUGUGUCCAGAGGUGAAAAUAUAAGUCUUCUUGUUUAAAGUGACUCUUGAUUGUUUCACUCUUCCUUAUGUGGCCGUAUGGGCACUGGGCAGCAGGUUAUUUCACCGCUAUAGGGAAAUAUAACAAUCUAAGUCUUGCUUUAAAGCAGCAAUCAGCAGUUGAGACAAUAACAAUGCAUACUCCUCACCUGUUUCGGUAAAAAGCUGAGGGAUGGGGCUGGAGAAAUGUAAAGACUCUCAAAUUCAUAGACGGAGCUAUGGACGCAAGGACUGGCCAUCCAAGAUAUCAAAAUAAUAGUUUUAACCAUCCAUUUUUGGACAUGUAAAUUAUGUACCCAUUUUGAUUCUUGAAGAAUAAAACUUAUAAAUGCCUCAUGAGCUUAGUUCCACUGUCAAGACCCAAAAUACAAGCUUGUUUUACUCCAAUGUUUGUGAACAAAGUAAAUGUAAAGAAACACUGUACAGCCUCAAAACAUGGUUAAAACUAUACAUUUGAUAUCAUGGACGAUCACUCCUUGCAUUCAUAGCUCUGUCUGUGAAUAUGAGAGUGGGCACAUUUCUCCACCCCCCAUUCCUUCAGCUUUUUACAGAAGCAGUGGCAGGGAGUACGCAUUGUUAUCGUUUCAACUGGGGAUUGACCCUUUAAAGUGCUAUAUGAAUCUUGAUUGUUUCACUCUUCACUCUGCCUUAAGUGACCAUAUGGGCACUGGGCAGCAGGCUAUUUCACUACCGUGUCUCUCAAGUCUUUUGACAGCUGUACCAAUCCUUUCCACCAUCACAAAAUUCCCUCAUUACGAACGAUCAGUUGAUCUGAGCUACUGAAUGUCGCCUAAAUCCCAGAGCAAAUAAAGCGUCAAGUAAAAGAAAAGCUCUUAGUCGGAUCGAUAUACACUUGACCUUGUAAACAUCAAUGUUUGCUGAAGGCAUAAAUUGUUAAUGCUGGAAGACUGUUUAAACAUAAGGAAUAAAGACCCCUAUCUCCUGGGGAUUGCUGCUCAAAUGGAGCCAAGAAGGGCCUUGCCAGUUUAUUUAUCCUCACCCCAUGUGUUUGUUAGAAGUCUUCACACAGAGAGGAGAGGGGGAAAGGAAAGCUGUGUCCGGAUGAAUGGAGACUUAAGUAGCCAUUACAAAUGCACUCUGAUUGGACUGCUGUGUGUGGUGUGUGUGUUAGAUACCGGCCGUUGCUAUGUAUGUGUAACAAAGUAGAAGUGUUUUUCUUUUUUAAAACACUUUCGCUUCAACUUUACUAUUAUUACUUAUCAUCCUGAACAGAAGUUAAAUGGCUGGUUAUAGACCCAGGUCUACUUGUAGAAGUGUGUAGCCUAACCCACCACCUCUAAGGAAACCAUUUAAUUUGUGUGUCACAUUUGUUUUCUCUUUUGGCACCACUGAGAGACAGAAAAAGAGAGGGGGGACAUCAUCCUCUCCUUCAACUCUUGUCACAAGAGGGACUUGAGAGCAAUGAUGGCAGCCAUGUUGUUUCCCUCUGGAGGAGGACAAGGGCCCUCCGGCCCAGUGAAUGGAGGAGAAGUCGAGUGGCACUACUGUCAUGGAAAUGUAAAACACACAAUGGUGGGAGCGGCACAAUGUGCAGGCACUUCAUUCACUCGCUUUCUCUCUGACAGCAUCUCCUCUGAGAGAGGGGAGGAUGGGGGGGAGCUUGGGGAGAGACAGAGACCACUACUGCAGAUAGGGGCUUCUCGGAAGGACUUGAGAAACUUCUGUCAACGUUGUAUCUCUCUUUCUCUAUGUGAUGCCUCCAUGCUUAACGUUAGGUGAUGCUCACUUGGCUUUAUUUUAAGGUGUGCUUAUAAACUGUUUAUACUGGUUAAUAGCUAUUAUUUGUCAGCUAUUAAACAUAAUACAUUUAUAAGGCCUGAUGUUUAUGAUGUAUAUGAGUAAAUGUCUUUAUGAUCAGACAUGUAUUAGGUACAGCAUACAUGAAUAAAUGAUUAAAUAUGCUAUAUAA